AAUAACAACAAAGAAGAUCAAAUCUUGGAUUGCUUCAAAUAUCUUUAAUAUUCGUGCAAGUUUUAAAUAUGUCGGAGAAUUCUAUUAGGACAGAUUCGUCCACGACAACAAGUGUUAACUAUACCUUAAAUGAAUCAACCCUUGUUUCAGACGAUUUAGGAGGGACAGUGUCGUCUCUUGCAACUUCGGAGCUGUCUACAACAACUGAUACAAGCUAUGAUGGAAAAAUUGUAACUGCACAUAUGCUUGAAAAGAAACAGCUUUUACAUGAAAUGGACAGAUUGCGAAUAGAACUCAGUCAUAAAACAUUGCUUGCAGAAAGCUACAAAGCUGAGCUAAUGAAUAAAAUUGACGAUCUGGAAGAGAAAUUGUCUGAUAUCACAUACUCAAAACAUAUGCUGAGAGCAAAGCUUGAAUCACAGUUAAAAUUAAAAGAAGACGAAGCAAAAACUCAACAACGUAAACUAAGAGAAGAACUAGUGCAAAUUACUGAAAGACAGAAAAAGCUUGAGGACGAGAAUUUCAAACUCCAUGAAAAGGCAGGCUAUUUGAAAUCAAAUUUGUUUGUUGACAUUGAUCAGCUAACGGAAGAUCAGUAUGUAGAUCUCAAGUCAAAAGACUCAGAGCAGUUGUCUUUGAAAGACUUUGUUGCUGUUCAUUUUUUUGAAGCAACUCAAUCUCUGAAGAUACAAUGUGAAAGUCUGCAACAACGUGUUGAUAUUGUAACACAAGAAUUAACCUACCGAGAUGAAGAAGUAGCUCUGUGUCAAAAGGAAAUCGACAGCGAGAGGCAGGCUCGGGCAGAGCACGAAUUUAUGGCACAAAAAAUGAUUUUAAAAGUGGAAGAAUUGCAAUCUCGAAUAAAUAAUAAAGAUUUUAAGUCAGAACAUUACGAUGAAGUGAUCUGUGAUCGUCAGGAUAUUGAGAAAGAAGUAAUGCAGUUACGAAAAGAACACGUUUCACUCAAGGCUUCGUUGAACAGUAAAACAAAUGAAAAUGUGGAAAUUCACAAAGAGAUGCAAUCAUGUAAGCAAUCAUUGGCACUUUUAAAACAAGACAAAGAAUACCUGAAUAAACAGCUGACUGAAAUCGCAACAAAAUGUAAAGUGUUUGAACAACAAGGGCCUGUCCUUAAUCAAGAACUAGCGAAAAUAAAACAGGACAGAGAGGAAUUGUACGAGAAAUAUAUUUCAGUGAGAGAGAAAUAUAAAUCUGAGUAUGAAAUGAGGUUAAGAGAUGAACUGGAUGUAAUUACAACGAAAACUAGUACGGAGUUGGAAAAGAUUAAAAACAACACUAAAGAAAUGUAUGAAAGAGAAAACAGGAAUUUACGAGAAGCAAGAGACAAUGCACUAGCAGAAAAAGACAGAGCUGUACAUGCUGAGCAACAGAUGAUGUCACGAUAUGAGCAAGUCACUCAAGAGUACAGAGACUUGCACACGGCAUCUGAUAGCAAGGUUACGGAACUACAGAGCGAUUUAAAACUAAAACAAUUUGAGUUCGAUCGUUUACAGAUGUUACACGAAGAAACAUCACAAAAUUUGAAACAAGCUAACGUCGAUACGACUAAAUAUCAACACAAGUUAGAGGUUUUGAACAAAGAAUUUUACACCCUGCAAGCAUCUACUGAUAAACAAAUAAACGAACUACAGUCAACGAAUACUGAUGCAAUGAAGAAACUUUCGAUAUAUGAAAAAUUAGAACAAGAACUGGAUGACGUCAUUCUACAAGCAGCUCAAUUGGAAAGUGAAGUGGAUGCAGAAAGAGUGUUGUUUGCGUACGGUUAUGGUGCGAAUGUACCAAGUACUGCUAAGAGAAGAAUGCAACAGAGUAUUCACCUUGCUCGUCGCGUGUUGAAGUUAGAAAGAAUGAACACAACAUUACAAGGGCAGUUGGAGGAGGAGAAAAAGAGGAGAGAUGAGCUUUUGCAGGAGCUUUCGAAUACAACGAAUAUUUUGAACGAAGCUCAACAACCCUACAAUUAUCUCAUUGAAAGUAUCCGAGUGAGAGAUUCUCAAAUAAAAUCAUUACAAGAAAAUAAUGAUUUGCUCGAAAAAGAUAUGAGAAAGUUGCAGGAGGAACGAGAUAAACUCGCUGAAAAUAAAAACAAAAUAACGGCAGACCUUGAACGAUUGUUAAAUCAGCGAGAAGAAUUGGGCGUUAUAAAAAAUGUUGUAUUGAAUCUAAGAUCUCGUGGUAAAGAUCCUUCUACCACUGACACAGGAACGUCUUCAGGAAACAUGACAAAAAAACAUCACCCGCAUUCCAUACCUCCUUCAACACAAUUUACGAAGCAAGACACUCAACUAUGGUACAAUAAACUGAAACAACGAUACACAAAAUGAGAACGAAGUUUAUGUUGGGGGACACAGAUAAUAUAAAUUAACUGUUUGUAAUAUAUCAUGAUGUACAGUUGUGCUUGGUUGCACAUAUUUAAUUAAUAUAUAAGAUUA